CGUCAACACUCCCGCCCAACCCACCUCGAGAUACCUCAUUUCCCCUUCGUAUUUUCGAUUUGAGAAUCUCGAUUCCUUUCACCCGCCACAAUGGUCCGCACUUCCGUCCUCAACGAUACGCUUAACGCUAUCAACAAUGCCGAGAAGGCUGGUAAGCGCCAGGUUCUGGUCCGCCCCAGCUCCAAGGUCAUUGUGAAGUUCCUCUCGGUCAUGCAGAAGCACGGCUACAUCGGCGAGUUCGAGGAGGUUGACGACCACCGCUCCGGCAAGAUCGUCAUCCAGCUCAACGGCCGUCUCAACAAGUGCGGUGUCAUCAACCCCCGCUACCCCGUGCAGCUCCGUGACCUCGAGACCUGGGCCGUCCAGCUGCUCCCCUCGCGUCAGUUCGGCUUCGUCGUCCUGACCACCUCCGCUGGUAUCAUGGACCACGAGGAGGCUCGCCGCAAGCACGUUGCCGGCAAGCUCCUCGGCUUCUUCUACUAGAUGGGUUCGCCUGUUUGGUAACAAAAAAAAAUCUGAAAAGUUUUGAAUGGUCGGGUGAGAGAGAGGUACUCAAUAUCUGUCUACCGGGUUGGGAUUAUACCUGUACACAAACUUGAUAGGUAGCUGAGUGAACUUUUUUCCGGUCAUUAUUUCUUA